AAUAUAUUUUAUAUGCUUUCAUUUUGAGAGCUCAAAAAAAGAUAUAUAUUUUGUAGCUUUUUUAUAGCUGAAACAGUUCUCUUAUUUACACAUCGACGCAUGUAUAAAGUAUAAGAAAAGGUUUAUGAGAAAACAAGAUUUACUUACUGGCCAACAUUUUGUGACUGUUGACCUUGUUAAGCUCUCUUCAACAAGUCCUCAAAAUGGAGUUUCUAUCAAAUUAUCGUUUCAUGAUGGAGCCUCAUACACGGGAUUUUCCGAAUAACUUUACAAGGCUUCGAUCCCGCGAAGACUAUGGUAUUACCGUUGAAAAUCAAGUAUUCAAUGAUGGUUCGCCGCCUAACGAUAAUAUAUUGCUUAUAAAUAAUUGCUAUUAUGAAACUCUUAGCAGAAAGGUGUUAAUGGCCUUAAUAUUAGGCGCAUGGCGUCGUAGUCGCGAAGAAAUUAAGAGUCUCUUAAACGCAAUAAUUGAGUUCAAAAAGGGCACAUUAAAGUCAAGGAAUAAAUUGCAUGUGUACUGCUCGCUAUUCCGUGUCGAACAGAAGCGAAAUGAAGAACUCACUCUUCAAAUCAAACGAUCUAUGGAGACUAUACAUCAGACUCGAGUAUCAUACGAUAAUCUAAGCGUUUGUGUUGCAAAACUGAAAGCGGAUAAAAAGAUCUUAGAACAAAAAUUGGUCCGAAAAACUAAAGAGAUGGACACCUUGCAAAAUCUAUACUCUAAAACUAAAACAGAUAUGUUCCGAACAGUUAUGCAACUUCGUUCACUCGAGGAUGAAGUGGAAAAUGAGAAGCGUAGUAAACUCUUAAUCGAUGAUCAGAAAAAUAAGCUUAUUAAAGAGGUGUCUUCUAGUAUUUCAGAAAUAAAUGCUGAAUGUCGUUCCACUGAAGCGAAAUAUCAAGCAAUAAUAACCAAACAAGAUGAACAAUUAGAUGAGGCCUGUAAGAGAAUAAGAGCUCUUGAAAUGGAACUAAAGGAGAAGAAAGAAAAAGAUGAAAAGUUACAAGAAUUUUCAUCUAGUAACGCCCAACUUCAAGCUCAACUUAGCGAGUCUCGCGAAGAGGUCUCAACCCUGAAGAAAACCAUAGAAGAUUCAAUAACAACAAAGUUGCGUUCAUGCUGGAACACUGUUUGGUAUCAUCAGAAGUACGCAUUUAACUUAGUUCACCUAUUUGCGUACUAUCUGCUACCAGCGACUCCGCCACCGCGGUUUAAAUUCGUUCACGAAUAGUUCUUUGGUAGUAAAAAUAAAAAACUAAAA